CUGCAGCAGGGCGGCGGUGCCAUGCACUCGGACGACGUUGUCUGGGACACGCUGGGAAACAGGCAGUUCUGCUCCUACAAGAUCACGACAAAAACCCAGAACUUCUGCCGCAAUGAGUACAACCUGACGGGGCUGUGCAACCGCUCCUCCUGCCCGCUGGCCAACAGCCAGUAUGCCACCAUCAGAGAGGAGAAAGGUCGGUGUUACCUGUACAUGAAGACAAUAGAGCGGGCGGCUUUUCCUCGUCGCCUAUGGGAGAGGGUCCUGCUCAGCAAGAACUAUGAGAAAGCACUGGAGGAGAUCGACGAGAACCUCAUCUAUUGGCCACGGUUCAUCCGACACAAGUGCAAGCAGCGCUUCACCAAGAUCACCCAGUACCUCAUCCGCAUCAGGAAGCUGACACUCAAGCGACAGAGGAAGCUUGUUCCUCUACGCAGGAAGAUUGAAAGGCGGGAGAACAGAAGAGAGGAGAAAGCCCUGGUUGCUGCUCAGCUGGAUAAUGCCAUUGAGAAGGAACUACUGGAAAGGCUGAAGCAGGAUACGUAUGGAGACAUUUACAACUUCCCCAUCCACGCCUUUGACAAAGCUCUGCAGCAGCAAGAUGCAGAAAGUGAGAGCGAGUCCGAUGCUGAGAAGGAAGAAGAAGAUGACGAGGACAUGGAUAAAAGAGAGUUUGUGGAAGGAGAUGACAGUGACCUCAGUGACUUUGAGGACAUGGAUAAGUUAGAGACAAGUAGUGAAGAGGAGCAGGAAGUGGAGCAAGAAGUAGAGAAGAAAGCCUCUCACUCCAAAUCUAAAGGGAAAACUCCCCUGAAAGGACCAGCCAGAAGAAAACGUCCUUACAUUGAAAUAGAGUAUGAAAAAGAAACAGAGCCAGCCAGCAAAACAAAAGCAGCCUGACUCCUUCAACCUGCACUUUGUACUGAAUGACAGGAACCCCU